GAGAGAAAUUGUGGAGCUGCCCUGACAAAAACCUGGCUUGCUGAAGCUUCAAUCCCCAAAACUAUGUUGGCCCUUUCCUGUCCUUACAAACUGCGCUUGUUGGAGGGAAUGCUGAGGAAGAGUCUCCCUCAGGCACUUGUGGUCCAUGGAGCAGUCAUGAACAUAAAUCGGGGGAAUCCAAUUGGUCACGAGGUGAUUGUGGAUUCCUGGCCAGAGUUCAAAGUUGUCCUCACCAGACCACGCAAAGAGAUUGCCACAGAUCCCUCAGACCAAUAUGCCAAUGUGUAUGCAGCAUUUUAUCAGGAUCUGGAUGCGUAUCGGAGGCUUGUAAAGGAUACAGAUGCUGUGAACUGGGCCCACACCUUCCAUCUCUUUGGGACUCAAGAAGGGAUGCCCGAAGCUACUCAGGAUGCAGCAGCUGCUAAACAAAAAGAGUUAUCUGUAGUUCCUCACUUCCUCUAUGAACUUUCUGAUCCAAAUAAAUGUCACACUGGUAGGCUUGAGCCCGGCUUCAGACUUUCCUCCUUGAAUAGUUCCAAUGUUGACCUACUGAAUGAAAACUGGGCCUAUGGCGGCAAUGAACAAAGCCGCAGGUAUCUGGCCAAAAUGAUACAGCAUUUCCCCAGUGCUGGCAUUCUGAACCAGGAGGGUCACCUUGUCAGCUGGGUGAUGAUGAAUCUUUUUGGCACACAAAUAAAUGGGUACACCCUCCCAUCAUUCCGUGGAAAGGGAUAUUUAGCUAUAACAGUUAAGGCUCUUUCUGUUCAGGCCUAUAAUGCUGGUUAUCCUAUAUAUGGCUUUGUUGUAUUAACAAAUAACAGUAUGCAGACUGCGAUGGAAAAGGGAGGAUAUCAGAAAUUAUCUGAGCUGAGCUACCUGUGCUCUCAUUACACCAGUUAGCAGAACAGAGUGAGGAGAGAGGCUAUUUUCCUUGGUUUAACCAGAUUUUUGUCACCUGCUCCCUGAACUCUGAGAGAUACUUACACACUAUUUGAUAACUAUUGGACACCUCCCAGAUCCCCAGGGAGGAUCAGGCUUAUGAAGAAUAUUUCUCUGAAAUUUCUUUGAUUGUCUUCAGCCAGUGUUAGUUUGGUGGCCAGGCCUAUUCUUUAAUGUCUCGUUCUUUGACUUAAGAUAAUAUUUAGGAUUUGAAUUCUAUCUCAUUCCCAAGUUCUC